CAUGUGGUAUCAAUCUUUAAUUCCUUAUUUGAUUUGAAGUUAUACACGCCUUAUGGAUAACGAGAUACCGUACUACAGGUUCUCAAGUGUUUGUUUUUGAUAACGCAUUUGGAUUUAUACAGCUUUUCUGGUUGACGUUUCUUUUUCUGUGUCCAUUUUUCAUAAGGAUCUCGUAAAUUAAGAAAAGUCAAUAUCGUAUAAAGUGCUAACUCAAAUUUGGUGGAGAUAUUUAUAAUAUUAGAUAAACAUUCAACCUUUUUCGUGUUCAUGUUUAAAUCUCAAGCAAUAUAUCCGUAUAAACAAGAGAUUAAAACAGGACUAACGUUUUAAUGUGAAUUAACUUAGUUUUCAAUUUUCUUUCCAUUUCUAAUGUACAAGAAGAUUGUUAAAAACGUAAAUCUGGAAUUUAUUUCAUAUCAGUGACUGAGGAACUAACCGUCAAAACAAAUAACUGGAGAAAUAUUUUUUUUCGAUUUACCAAAUUGAAACAAAAUAUUAGUGUAUGUGUUUUCAUUGGAGACAAAUAUUAUUUUACUAACAUAUUCUAAUUGUACUUAAUACCAGUGAACGUUUACUUACAGAAAAAAGAAUAAAUACACUGUCAACUUAAAAUAACAGUUAAAAUCAAUUAGAUUUAAAUCCUUAGAAAAAUAAAGUGAAAUAAAAGUUCGUGUUAUAUUUGAUCCCCAAGUUUACUGGAUAACAUACCCGGUUUAAGAACAUUAGAUAAAAGAGAUAUGUCAGGAAAGAAAAAAUCCGCCAAACCAAAGCCUGAUGCAACUCUUCAUAGAUAUAAUGUGGAUUUGUUACGAUGCAUUGACGAAAUGCGAUAUAAAAGAGACGAAUUGCAUAAAGAUAUAUUCGAUUUAACCGAGGAACAGAAGAAGAUCGAAUCUGAUUUAGGAACUUUGACUUCAAAACUAGCAGAAGUUAACGAGAGUUUGUGCCGGAAGUGCAAGGAUCAAGCGGAAUGUGAUACGUUAAUUAUUGAAUACGAUUCAGCAUUUCAAAAACUUGUUCAAGGUUCAGAAAAUCUUCUAGGAAGUAUGAGAAUGGCUGUUGGAACUGUUGCCCCGGAACUUUUAACUGCUAGACACGAAACACCCUCAUCAUUUCGGAAAUCGAGAUCUCCAUCUCGGCAGACGACAAGUACACGUGGUUCUCUGAGUAAAUCUCAAACACAAAUGUCAUUGCGACUGUCUACUUCAAGGAUGUCAACUGGUGAACUAUAAUUUAAUCCUAUACUUUCUUUCAAUAUGUGAAAGACUAUGUAAUUUCAUUUUAAUGAAAUACUGUACUAGUA